AUGGAGGGCAGGCCUACUACCGCCGUAUAUCUAUUUGGCACAAUAGGUAGGUGGUUCUCAAAUACAAUAGGACGCAAGUGGUUUGUGCCGCCAAUGCCCACGGGGAAACUGGCUUCCACACUAUUGAGGAAGAAGGGGCCAUUGCAGACAGAUGAGGAAACUCAAAGCUUUUUCGAGACAAUUGGCGUACGCGAAGGAGCUUCGUUGAACGAGAUAGGUAUGGCUUACGAACAUGCUGUUGAUACGCUCCCGGAGGACAUGCGGAAGGUCCUUGAAAGAAAACUUCACGAAUACCUAAGAAAGGAAUUCGUCCUAGCUUUCGAACACAUGGAGUCAUUUAUAAAGCGUGGUCCGCAAGCAUGGGAAGAAUAUUGGGAUCCUACUAGGGACGCCUUUGGCAAUUUAGCCGUUAGCGAGUUUGCUUCUCCUGAGGAGGAAGACCAGAUCAUGGCGCUCCGUAUGCCACCUCAAUUGGACGUAACCAAGUUCCGUGAGUACUGGAAAAAGAACAGCUCUCGUUUCGGGACGAUGCUUCAAGAAAUAUAUAUGCCUUCAAGGGUUCGUCUAACUAGCAAUUUUGGAGGCAGACUUGCACGUGCUUCAUUAGUUAUGCUGCCUGUCAUGGUACUCGGGCUUUUCCCUCAAUACUCCUCCCUCUCGCUUGGGCUUCAAGGACUGCUCGCUUCCGGUUUUAUUUUUAAAGGUGAUCGUGCCGUGAUACUAGAACGUGAGAAGAGAAGCACCGAACCUAUUAAAACGCCCGCUCCAAGUGCUCAAUCUUCCACUUCACGCACCCUGGUGACAUCGGGAGUGCUCUGCGUUCACAGCCUUAUUGGUAUCGGCGUAUCUAAACUUGUAGGACUCUAUACCUCAAUAUUGGAGUACCUCCCACCCCAGCUCCUGAGGGUAGCGUGUAUCAAUUUUCAAUUCUUCAUCGCAGCGCUUUUGUGGGAUACGAGCGAUAUGACUCCAUCAACCUAUCUUAAAAGAGAGGAGAAACGUAUGUCGAAACUAAAUAACUAUCUAGCUGACCUACCUAAUGAAUAA